UGCAUUCCGAACCAUAGACUCUGGGGUUCUUCAAUCUGUCUUUUCUUCAUUUGUUAUAUUCAAUCGGCUGGUAGCGGUUUAAUAUUUUACAACUUGAUGCUCUUCACAACAGCAUUUAAUAAUGUCGGGGCUUGGCUCACCCACUUCGAUCUUGCACCGAACUUUAGCGGAUUUCUCAUCGGGUUUACCAAAACGAUGGGCAACAUACCAUUAUUAUUGGGGCGUAUGUUCAUGACCAGUGUGCUGAUGAUUGACAUGCAGGAGAAAGACUGGUGCUUAUAUUAUUUCUUUGCUGGUGUGUCCCUACUAGUUGGAAAUUUCAUGUAUAUAGUCCUAGCUAAUGACGAGUUGCAGAAAUUUAACAAGAUAAUAAGCCUUGAUAGUGGGGACGAUUCUACGACGAAGUUAACUUCUACAAACUAAAACCGUGAAAUAAAGCAGAUGUUAUUUUAUAAAAAACAUGAUAUAAAUAA